CCUUGUCAAACAAUGGCUGAAAAGACUGAAGGAGCAAACAAGGAAGUUGACAGUGAGGACAAAGUAGAGGGCACAGAAAAUGCUGACAUCACGGACCUGGGGCCUUUUGAAAUAGUCGUCGGACAGCAAAUGCCUUCCAUUUUCUUCAAGUUCCAGUUCAAAAAUGUAGAAUAUUCUUCCGGAAGGAAUAAAACAUUUUUAUGCUAUUCAGUGGAACAGCAAGGUGCAGAGUGUCAGAAGAUGGAAGGAUACAUGGAGGAUGAGCACUCAAGUACGCAUGCAGAAGAGGCCUUCUUUACAGAGGUUUUCAAGGAGUGCAAUGGCAGUCUGAAGUACUCCAUCAUUUGGCACGUCUCCUCCAGCCCUUGUGCGGCCUGCGCUUCCAAAAUCGCGGAGUACCUGAAGAAGUGUCCCAACGUCCACCUUACCAUCUUCAUGGCCCGCUUAUUCAUGUGGGAAGAGCCUGAGAUCCAACAAGGUCUGCGGCUACUGAAAGCUGCUGGUUGCCGAUUGAGGGUCAUGAAGGCACCUGAGUAUAACUACUGCUGGAGCACCUAUGUCGAAAAUGAGGGGGAAUCUUUCGUACCUUGGGAAGACCUACAAACCAGCAGCUUGGCUUAUGAAGGGAUUCUAAAUGAAAUUCUACAGCGUGCCUAGAAGGAAUAUUGGGUGCUGCUAAAGCCAAAUACUUCAAUAACUCUGCACGGCGCAGUGGGACAUCGGGGAAGAAGCUAAACUCAUUUAUUUUAUUAUGUCACUUGGACUGAACCAAAAGGAUUUUGCUUUCACUUCAUCAUGCAUCCCAAGUUUAUUGAACAUGUUCUUAUUGCCUUCAACUUCAAUUCUUGGAUAGCAGUGACAUGUUCCAAUGGAAAAAAAGUUCCAAGCUACUUAAUAAUGCACUCUAAUUAUAAAUAUACUGUAGGACUACCUUAAGCCUGUAAAAAAAAGUUUAGAGUAUGGUAAUAAAAUGCUGUGUGUAUAGAAUGCCAGUGUCAUGUAGCAAGCAUCAUUGUGCUAUAUUCAGUAUCUAAAAUACAUCACUGAUACUUUGUGCUUUACA